ACGAGGCGCGGCUGGAGGCGCAGCUGGCGGAUCUGAGGGCGCAGCAGAAGCUGCUCACGGCCCGGCUGGCAGACAGGGGGGCGGGGCCACAGGGCACCGGGGAGGGCGUGCUGCGCGCGAUGCUGCGGCUGCGGGACGGCGGCGGCGGUCCCUGA